AUGACACUUGACGACUUUAUUUAUCCCACUCAUAAUGAGUUCCGCAGUGACACGUUCACGGUGCCCACCAAGUCCAUGAACGAUGCCGUGAUCCAGGGCUUAACGACCGGCACAUUGCAAGUUGGAGACUCCGUGUACAAGGAAGACCCAAUGACGUUACAAUUGGAGGCCAAAGUAGCCGAGAUGGCAGGAAAAGAGGCUGCACUUUUCUGUGUUUCCGGAACGAUGUCCAACCAAGUUGGACUCCGUGUGAAUUUGGUGCAACCACCUUACUCGAUUUUAUGCGAUUAUCGUGCACACGUAUUUUUGCACGAGGCUGGAGGUCUCGCAACCUUGUCACAAGCCAUGGUUCAUCCUGUGGUGCCUGCAAACGGCAACUACUUGACGUUGGAAGACAUCGUCGAGAACUUCACUCCUUCUGAUGGUGACAUCCAUGGUGCCCCCACUAAAGUCAUCAGCUUGGAAAACACCUUGCAUGGAAUGAUUCUCCCCAUUGAGGAGAUCGCCAGAAUUCUGAAAUUCGCUAAGGAGCACGACAUACGGCUCCAUUUGGAUGGAGCGCGUCUCUUUAAUGCAUCGGUGGAGACUGGCGUUUCCAUUGCAGAGUACUGUCAGUACUUUGACUCAGUAUCUUUGUGCUUGUCCAAGUCCUUGGGUGCACCCAUUGGAUCUAUUUUGGUGGGAGACCGCCAGUUCAUCGAGAAGGCCAACCAUUUCAAGAAGCAAUGUGGAGGUGGAAUACGGCAGAACGGUAUUAAUGCGCUUAUGGCGAUCACUGCUCUUGAUGAGAACUUCAAUAAGAUCCGUUUGGGCCAUCAGUAUGCCCGCAGUGUUGGAGACUUCUGCCGGCAACACGACAUCGCGCUCGAGCUGCCUGUGGAUACGAAUUUUGUCUUUGUUGACCUCAAGAAGAACAAAAUGGACGACGCUUUGUUGGUUGCAUUGGGAGAAAAGCAUAAUGUCAAGUUGAUGGGAGGACGUAUUGCGUUCCACUUCCAAUUGAGUCCUGAAUCGGUGGACAACUUGAAACAAGCGUUGUUGGAGUGCAAGCAAGAGGCAUUACGGAACCCAUUCGUUGGCAGAAGAUGCAACAAGCAGAUGUAUAAUGUUGCAGUGAUACGGCAGAAGCAGAAGUUGGCCAAUUAG